GGAGAAAUUGCAGUUGAUUUUUGGAGUGAAAAGUAAUUGUUUAUACUUUUUCAGUAUGAAAUUGAUUAAUUUGUCGGUUUUGUUUUUGGCGAUCGCUUCGGUGCAUUCGAAACACGGGCGUUCGGGACAUCGUGGGUCACAUUCGUCGAACAGCGAUUGUCGUGACGGAUCCCAUGACGGGAUCGGAACUGUUAGACGGGAAUAUCUGUUGAAGAUAGGUGCUAACGGAGACCCUCUCGAAAUCGGAACUGGUGGAGGGGGAUAUCUGUUGAAGGUAGAUCCUAACGGAGAACCUCUCAAAAUCGGAACUGAUGGAGGGAAAUUUCUGUUAAAGAAAGGUUCUAGCGGAGGAUCCGUCGGGAUCGGAAAUGAUGGACAGGAAUAUUUGUUAGAUGACGGUCUUAUCAAGGACUCCGACGACGAUGUUUAUUCGAGUUACCUAGAACCCGAAGGUAAAAGAAAACCCGUAUCAGCAGUUUUGGUCAGCGACUCAAUUCCACCAGUUUAUGCGAAAUCGGCGGAAUCUGCACGUAAAAAAAAAUUUUUGGUCAGCGAGCCACUGCCAUCAGUUUAUGCGAGUUGGGUAGAACCUGCAGAUGGAAAAAAAUCCUCAUCACGAGUUCGGUCCCGCAAAACAAUUCCGUUAGGUGGGAACAAUAAAUUAAAAAAAAUAUUCUAAGUCAAUUGAUACCGC